AUGUUGUUGUUCAUUGCCGCCGCGCCAUACGCGAUUGGCCUUGUUAUCUUCCUUUUCAUCUAUUUUGUUACUAUUCCCUACGUCAAAUAUCUCCAUGAUCCCAAAGGCAUGCCAUCGGGUCUUCGAAAAUAUCCCAAUCUCUCUCCUUUCUCGGGGGUUUCCGCGCUCCCCUUCAUGAUCAUGGCCUCGCGAGGCUUUCGAUCCAUGGAGCUUUCAUAUUUGCACAAAAAGUACCCAAUCAUACGAACGGGACCAAACAUGCUAUCCUACGGAGAUCCUCGAGCCAUCAAGGACAUCUACGGUCAUAACACCAAAUGCACCAAGGACGGAUCGUAUUCCGUCACUGCUGGCACCCAUUUCCACUUGGCGGAUGUUGUCGACAAGUCCGACCACGCCAGAAAGCGCAAGGUGCUUUCCUCGGCAUACGCGUUAAAGAACUUGGAAAGCUGGGAGUUCAAGGUCACCGACAAAGUCCAGCGAAUGUUCAAACACUUUGAUAACGUUUGCACCAUGGCUCCCAAAGAGGACGUCGCGUCUGGCAGAGUCGCUCCGAACCCUAAAGAACUUACUCUUGAUUUGCGCUCUUGGACUAACUUCUUCACCCUUGACGCUAUUGCCGAUAUUGGUCUGUCCGAAAAGCUGGGAUUCCUCGACUCGGGUAGCGAUGUCUGCAUCGCCGAGAGGAGGGAUGGCUCGACCUAUGAGGUCAACUUGCGCGAAGCUCUUUAUCCAACGGCUCGGAAGCAGUCCCUCAUUCUUUGGGACUACGCCUGGUAUCCUACGCUCAAUAGGCUCGUCAACGUGUUUCCAUGGUUCAACCGAAUGCAAAAGUCUUCAGAGAACUGGGAUAAUAUCAUGUGGCGCCGUGGGAUGGAGAGACUGCGGCGCUACGAGACCGGCGAGAAACUUGACGAUUUCUUCCACUCUUUAAUGGAGGACAAGAACGGCAACCCUAACAACCUUGAAUGGGGUGAGAUUGUCGCCGAGUGCAACAUUAUGAUGAACGCAGGCAGUGUCACUACUGCCAUUGCGAUCACAAAUGUAAUAUAUCAACUUAUCCGGAAUCCUCGCUGCUUGGCCAAGCUGCGCGAGGAAAUUGACACUGUUCUCGACGAGAACGAGGUCGUGGCGGAUUAUGAUAAGAUUAGGCACCUGCCGUACCUCCGCGCCUGUCUCGAUGAAUCGCUUCGCUUAUUCCCUCCUACUUCUCAUGGUCUACCUCGCGAGACGCCUGCCGAGGGCGCCGACAUUCUCGGUGAAUGGGUGGCUGGAAACACAUCCGUCAGCAUCUCGGCUUUGGUUGUGCACCGCAAUGAAGACGUUUUCCCAGAUGCAGACCAGUACAUCCCUGAGCGAUGGCUUGGUGAAGAAGGCAAGGCUCUUCAGCCUUACUUGAUUGCCUUCUCUGCCGGCGCGCGGUCUUGCAUUGGUCGUAAUAUUUCAUACCUGGAGCAGACCAAGGCAGUCGCAUCCAUAGUACACCGUUACGACUUUGCUUUGGCCUAUCCUGGAUGGGAACUAAAGCGAUUGGAAACCAUGAAUUUAAUUUUGGGAGACAUGCCAGUCAAAAUUUGGCGGCGCAAUUUGGGGGGUGAGGCUUAG